AAUUAAGGAGAAAAAAUCGGUUGGAAAUGUGAAAACAUUAAUUAAUAUCUCUAAGUGCACAAUAAAAGAGAGCAAAGCUCUGUCCAUUUCUAUUGCACACUAAAAGCCUUUUCUUCCUUAACAAACUCCAAAUUUAAUUUUGUUUCUUUUCAUGGUGAAAAUGGCAGUGACAUUCAUAUAUACACUUUUCAUGACUUUGCUAUUUGCAGCUUCAACUUUUGCUGAUGCUCUUCCCAGGUCACCAAAAGUUCAUUUCCAAAAUGGGAACUUUGAGGAGAAGCCAAACCCCAAAUAUCUAAAGAAAACAAGACUAAUUGGGAAACAUGCACUACCCAAAUGGGAAAUCAAUGGUCUUGUUGAGUACAUCUCUGGAGGGCCACAACCUGGAGGAAUGUACUUUCCAGUGACACAUGGAGUGCAUGCAAUUAGGCUUGGAAAUGAUGCCUCCAUCUCUCAAACAAUCAAACUCAAACCAUUUCAAUGGUAUGCUCUAAUAUUAGGAGCCACAAGAACUUGUGCUCAAGAUGAAGUUUUGAGAAUCUCUGUCCCUUCACAAUUUGGAGAUGUUCCUUUGCAAACACUUUAUAGUCUCAAUGGUGAUGUUAUUGCUUGGGGAUUCAAACCUGUUUCUUCUAUUGUGAAAGUUACAUUCCAUAAUCCUGGUGUUCAAGAAGACCCUACAUGUGGUCCACUUUUGGAUGCUGUUGCUAUUAGAGAGUUCUAUACUCCAAUCCCAACAAGAGGUAAUUUGGUAAGAAAUCCUGGGUUUGAGGAGGGUCCAUUCCCAAUUUUCAAUUCAACAAAUGGUGUUCUUCUCCCUCCAAAACAAGAAGAUCUUGUGUCUCCACUCCCUGGUUGGAUUAUUGAAUCCCUCAGAGCUAUUAAGUUCAUUGACUCAAACCAUUUCCAUGUUCCAUUUGGACAUGGAGCAGUUGAGCUUGUUGCAGGCAGGGAAAGUGCCAUUGCACAAAUUCUAAGAACUGUUGAAAAUAAAGUCUACAACAUGAAAUUCACAAUUGGAGAUGCAAGAAAUGGUUGUCAUGGAUCAAUGAUGGUUAUAGCAUUUGCUGCAAAUGAUAGUCUCAAAGUUCCUUUCAAAUCUAUAGGAAAAGGAACAUUUAAAACUGCAAGUUUUAAUUUCAAAGCAAUUGCAAAUAGAACUAGAAUCACUUUCUAUAGUUCUUUCUAUCAUACAAGGAUUGAUGAUUUUGGAUCUCUUUGUGGACCUGUCCUUGAUCAAGUUAUAGUCUCCCCUAUCACCAAGCAAUUUUGAAUUUUUGCUUUAUAUAAUUUAUGUGAAGAUGAAUAAGAUUCUUUUCAUCUUUUUAGUCUUUUGACUAAAUUUAACGUUUU